AUGAUUAAAAAAGAAAGUCUUGAAAAUGAUAAAGCCACGAAUUUGCUAAAAUCAACUGUCAUGGACAAACAGAUGGAAAUUAACAUCCAUGUGGACACAAUUGCUUCUUUAAAAAGAGAACUUGAAUUAAUGAAAAUCGAAACUGAGAAAACUGACAAGAAACUGAUGAGUUAUGAGGCUUCGUCAUACGUGAUUGAUCAAAUUGUUCCAAAACAAUCUGAUUUGAAACCUGUCUUCAAAAAUGGGGUGGAAACUGCAUUGAACCUCAAAUUGAGAACCAUUGAGAAUGAGUUGCCUGAGAGUAUUGAUGUUACAUUUUCUCCGUCCGACACUGAUAAUGAGUCACAGGUGAUCAAAACCGUUGUUGACCAAGUGUUAGAUGAAGAAAGUGAUAACUCGGAGUUUGAGACUAUGAAAACUCAUUUUGAAAACUCCAUUUCUGAUUCUGAAGAAGAUGGUAACUUCUUAGACAAAAUUGAAAAUGUUGAAAAGGUGUUUAAAUUGGUUGAGAUUGACAUUUCUGAGGUGAACAACAAUGAGUUUCUUUCAAAACCUAAAAGGUCUUUUGUUAAAUCACAACCAAACAACUCGGGAAAGAAAGAAUGGGUGGGCAAUGGUGGUAAUAACAAGAGAAAUGGAAACAAUUUCAAAAACAAAGGUGUUGGAUUUGAAAAGAAAAUGGCUAAGAAGAAUGUCAAGCCAAAGGAAAAGAUGAGUGAUUCAAUUGAGGUUAAGAAGAUGGAAAAUGUUUUGAAAACUGAACCAAAAGUCUUUGAAAAUGAUGUGGAUAAACUUGAAUUUGAACUUGAUAAGCUGCUUGAAGAGUUUCCACCGAUUAAGAAGGAAGAUUUAAAACCAAAAGUCAAAACUGAUGUUCCAAAUGUCUUUUUUAACAUUCCGAAAGUUGAUGUGACAUGUGAUAUUGUGUUUGGUAGUGUUUCAACUGGGCUUCCGAGGUCAAUAAUCUCGAAAUGGAUCAUGGACAGCGGAACUUCAAGGCACAUGACAGGAAUGCUAGCAUUGCUUUAUGACGUCAAAUCUAUCAACGGAGGAUAUGUGGGAUUUGCUGGGAAUCAGGGUGGCAGGAUAGUUGGUGAAGGAACUCUGACGAAUGGAGUAGUAACAUUUGAUAAAGUGAACUAUAUAAUCGAACUUGAAAACAAUUUGUUGAGCAUCUCACAAAUCUGUGACAAGUCUUUUACAGUACACUUUACUAAAAAUGAAUGCUUAAUCAUAAAACCUGGUUUUAAAAUUCCUGAGAACAUGGUGUUGAUGCGAGCUCCGCGAGAAAAUGACUUAGUGCAAGAAGGGAAAGCAGACAAAGAAGACACACCCGCAGAAGUUGCUGAAUUCAAUUAG